AUGGAAGCUGGCCGGGCUGACGCCUCCUACAGUGCGGUGGCUGGUGAGUUGCCGGACAGUUGUUUGACUGAAGUCUCCUGCCUCUGGGUGCAGGCCUCCUACCUGUCAGCACAUUUUGCCGCCACGGGGUGGAUUUAGCGCUCGUUGCUUUUUGCUUUUUAAAGAAUGCAUAUCUCUUAACCCCGUUUUCACCUGGCUAAUUUGUGCAUUGCUUUUUCUUCCGCCACCACCAAACGGAAGAGAGCAUUUUCGUUGUUGGAGGAUCGGCUAGCUGUGAGCGGCGUGUUGAUGAGUUUUUGGUGAGAGAAGGGCGCUGGCGCGACCGGGCGCCCCUCGCCGUUGGACGCUGGGGACACGCAGCCGCCGUCGUGAAGGUUCCCACCGCUGCCGCCGACGGAGAGGAGACGCUUAUUGACGAUUUCGGUGGAUGGGACCCAAUUUCCUCCUGUGAGAUCUAUGACGUCAGGCAGGACAGGUGAGUGUAGACGCCUCGCCUUGACGCACAUUUCUUAUUUUUUUUCGCCAAAAAAACAUUUCCCCCCUCCUCCUCACCCGCCUGUUUGCCUGAACAGAUGGCACAAACUGCCCGAUCUGCCGGAGGCACGGGGUGGCCCAGCCGCUGCCUGUCUGCCCGGCGACAGUCGGGUCUUCCUUUUUGGCGGUCGGGAUGAACGCUUCACCGCGCUUGCCUCUGUGGUCUUCUGCCAUCUGCGAGCAGACUGGCGUUGGCGGCGUCGGCGGGAGGCGAACUUUUGGCGGCCGGCUGCCCCCAUGAGAACUGCGCGAUGGGGGCUCGCAGCGACGGCCUUUCGGGGAGCAAUUCUGGUCGCCGGUGGAUGGGAUGACCGAACUCUCAACACUGUGGAGAUGUUUACGCCGCCAGACGCCGGCAGCCCCCUCGGCCAGUGGACAGAACUGGCCCACAUGCAGCAGCCUCGCAGCGACUUCACUCUUCUCACCUCCGCCAAUGCCGUAUUUGCUCUCGGCAACGGUAAUGCAACACAUCAUUAA